AUGGAUUGGCACAGAAAGCUAAUUGGCGGGGGCAUAGGUGAACGGCUUCGCGAAGCAAAGAUUCAUGCGAAACGGAAGAGCGUGGAAGGUGAAACGCGGAGAGGGGUCGUCACGCAGCGCCAACCGAAUGAACCCAGUGCUCUCCUACGACCUGGAGCCGACUGCUGGCUGGCUACUGCUGCCGGUGCUCUCGAUAUGGUGCCGUUGAUGCCGGAUGUGGACACGAGCCCAUAUUCUUCAUCUGCUUCACCAUCGUCUGGUUUUGAGGAUUUCCUGCCGUGUCACCUUGCAAACAUCCCAAUCCCGGAUGUCCUUACCAAUCCCCUUCCGACAUCCGAAUCCUCAUCAAUUACACCUGAAUAUCCGUUGUCCUUUUACGGUGCACUGUACAUCAACGGCAUGUAUUUGAGGAUUCCCUGUUCCACAGUGGUGCCUGCGAAAUCCGAGCCGGUCGGUCCGGAAGUUCCAGCAUCACUACACCCAACAGAGCUGCAGCUGAUCACGAUACACCCGCGCUGGAUAGAUCGCUUUCCAUUUCCAAAGAUGCGUGACUCGCUAAUAUCACUCAGCGGCGUCAUUGACGAUGAAGAGUUCAUGAAGGAUCUGGCGUUGAUGCCGAGUUUCGAGAUCGUUCAAGGCAAAGCUCCUUGGGAUCCCAAAGCGUGGAAGAUCAAGAAACCUUUUGCCGAGAAAUGGGGUUACCUCUUUUUCUGA